AUGUCGUCCACACAGCUGAAUUCUUUGGUUAAAUUGUCUCUGCCAUUACAAUAUCAACAAAACCUGCUCAAUGAACUGCGAUCUGAGGAUGAGCUUGUAAUCUUGGCCCAGGUUGGAGCUACGGACCGCGAGAAUGAAUGGAUUGGAGAAGCAUUGGCGGAACAUUAUGCCGUCAGCAAGUCACCCUUGGCUAGGGGACUUAAGGUCAUCAAUACUGACCGGGCUACCGUUCCCAUGAGGCAUAAACUCUACUCUGAAGGAGGAAUCAUCAGCGUUACCUCGCGUAUCCUAGUCGUCGAUCUACUUUCCAGGCUUCUCGACUCAAAACUGAUCACAGGAAUGAUCGUACUCCAUGCUGAGAAGGUUGUUGCUACCGCCCUUGAGGCCUUUAUCAUCCGGAUAUAUAGGCAGUUUAACAAGGUUGAAAUGUUGAAAGCAUUCUCAGAUACCCCGGAGCCAUUUACAACUGGAUUUGCACCGUUAUCAAACAUGCUACGGAACCUGUUCCUUCAAAAAACUUCCUUGUGGCCAAGAUUCCAAGUCACUGUUGCGGAGUCCCUGGAAGGCCACAGAAAAGCCGAAGUGAUUGAAUUAGAAGUACCAAUGACUGACAAAAUGAGAGAAAUCCAGAAUGCAGUAUUAGAAUGCGUCGAAGCAAACAUCAGAGAGCUCAAAAAGUCUAAUACUGGUUUAGACAUUGGAGAUGACUGGACAGUGGACAGUGCGCUUCACAAGAAUUUUGAUAUCGCGAUUCGACGGCAGCUGGACCCAGUGUGGCAUCGUGUUACCUUUAGAACCAGACAAAUCGCCAGCGAUCUAACGGUUCUCAGAUCUAUUCUCCACUCUUUAUUAACCUUUGAUGCUGUUUCGUUGAAUAAAUAUCUAGACACCGUUAUAAGCGCUCACUCAGCUCCCGCUGGGUCUACAAAACAGAAUUACUCACCCUGGCUAUUCCUUGAUGCCGCUCAUGUGCUCUUCGAAGCCGCAAAGUCACGAGUAUACCGGAAGAAAACCCAAGAAAAGGGUAACAAAGCUUCAUCUGACGACAUCUUCAAUGGAAUAGAACCUGUUCUAGAGGAGCAGCCUAAAUGGGCUGUGCUUGCGGAAGUACUUGAAGAAAUCGAACAGGACACAUAUUUAAAUCCUGCUCCUCCUGAUUCCUCCAACAACGCAAUUCUCAUCAUGUGUAGUGACCAACAAACUUGCCGACAGGUUCGCGAGUACCUCUCGACCAUGCACAGUAGGGAUGAAACCUUUGAUGAAAAGAAAGAGGGCGAGAAUGAUAUAUCCGAUGAAGAUGACCACAAACCAUCAGCUGAUACCAUGAUGCGAAGAAAACUUCGUGACUAUCUCUUCUGGAAGAGAAACCUCUCGAGGGUGAACGAUCAUUUAUACGGUGUUAAACCUAAGGAAAAAGGCAUCGCCGAAGUUCCAGGCUAUACCUCAAUGAGCACGCCCCAGAAUUACUCAGGACGAGGUCCCCCGAAUAAAAGAAGGCGCGUCCGUGGCGGUAGUUCUACCGCAGCCGCAGCCUCAGCUGCAAGACAGGCUCAUGGGAGCGUCCAGGUAGAUACUGAAGGUAUUUCAGAAGCAGCAGCUCUCUCGGAAGAGGCAAUACAGCAGGCAAUCUUGGAAGAAGUGCAAUAUAUUACCUUAGAUGAUGAUCUUGAAGACAUGGAUCGUUACUAUGAGCUAUACGAUGUAAAUGACCUACUUGUCAUUCACCAUUACGAUGGAGACAUGGAUGAACAUGUGCUCGAGGAACUGCGGCCAAGGUAUAUUAUCAUGUAUGAGCCGGAUGCAGCGUUUAUUCGACGGGUUGAGGUAUAUCGAAGUUCCCACCAAGACCGGAAUGUACGGGUUUAUUUUAUGUAUUAUGGUGAGUCUGUGGAGGAGCAACGAUACUUAAGUGCCAUCCGACGUGAGAAGGAUGCAUUCACAAAAUUGAUCCACGAAAAAGGGGCAAUGGCCCUCACUCUCGUACAUGACAAAAGCCAGGAAGAUCCCCAAGAACAAUUCUUACGAACGGUGAAUACACGAAUUGCAGGAGGCGGUCGUCUUGCAGCCACCGCAGCUCCUCCCACUGUGGUUGUGGAUGUUCGAGAAUUCCGAAGCGCGCUUCCGUCGCUGCUCCAUGGUCGAAGUAUGGUUGUGGUCCCGUGUCAACUGACAGUAGGGGACUACAUCAUAUCCCCUGAUAUCUGCGUGGAGCGUAAGUCAGUACGGGACUUGAUCAGCUCACUGAAAAACGGCCGAUUAUACACCCAAGCGGAAACUAUGCUACAACACUACACCCAGCCAAUGCUCCUGAUCGAGUUCGAUCAGAAUAAAGCCUUCACCUUUGACGCGUUUACCUCUUCUGCUACUCCUGCUACUUUCGUUGCUGAUAACGCUACGGCGUUUACAACGCCUAGCUUUGGUUCUGGAAACAUGAUUAACCCAGCCAACCCUAAGUCUGCACAGCAUCUGCUGGUACUAUUAACACUGGCCUUUCCUCGCCUGAAGAUUAUCUGGUCGUCUUCUCCCUACCAGACGGCGGAGAUAUUUGCUGAGCUGAAAAAGAACAACCCUGAGCCUGAUCCGAUACGGGCCGUUCAAAUUGGUCUCGACAUCAAUAUUUCCGGCUUCGAUACGCCGACUGGACAGCCGGGAGAUAUGAUGGCUGCAGCGGGGAUAGAACAUCGCAUAUUCUCUCUGCUACCGCAGGAUAUGAUACGCGCGGUUCCAGGGGUAGAACCAAAAGUCCUCGAGCGCCUUAUCCUUGAAACAAAAAAUAUCCACGAAGUGGCGAACAUGACUAUUGAACACCUUGAGCCACUGGUAGGGAAAGAAGCAGCCAGGAAGAUAGUCAAGUUCUUUACACGGAGUGUCUUCGACGCUGAGAUGGUGCAUGAAACGUGA